AUGGCAUCGAUCGCUUCCAGCGCAACGGCGGGGCCCAACGGAGGCGACCAACUCGCGGACUCUAGUGAAACCGAGACCGAAGACGACCUGGACCUAAUCUAUUGGCCCUUCUACUCCAUCGGGGCGCCGGACGAUACGUUGGUUCCCAAGGAUCCGAUCUGCCGCUCCAUCAGCAAACUUCUCGGCCAAUUACCGCGCAAUGGCGGCGAAUACGCGUUCGGGGGUAUGGCUACAGUGCUGCCAAGUCUUCCUGGGCUCUAUAUAAAGGGUGACAUUGGCCACAUUUCGCUUCCAUUGCGGGAGGAAAACGCUGUUUUGCUACAGAGACAAGCUCAACAACGUCACGGCAACUUGUGUCUGCUGUACCCGAGCCAAGUAAAGAUGACCAACCCGGAGUGGGCGAAGGGUCUUGAGCAGUUGUGCGGACUGUGUGCCGAGAGACUGGGGUAUAACGAUGUCGGACUUUCGCCGAUGAUGACGAUGAUGCUGUUGUUUGGAAAGGGAGGUCGACUUGAGGACCAACAAGCCCCUGACCCCGUCGGGUGUUGUGUCGCAAAACUUACGGUGCAGCUUCCGUCAUGUUACAGUGGGGGUGAUUUGGUCGUACGCGAAGAAGCUGGAUCGGAUGCGUUACGGUAUACGCUGGGGAAGGAGGACGGUACGGCUGCGUUUACGCCCCAUUAUGCAGUGUAUACUACGGGAGAGUAUCGUGCUGUGGAGGAGGUAACGAGUGGAUACCGAUUGGUGGUAGUGUAUUCGCUCUGCUUGCCGAUGGGCACAUCGUGUUUGAGUAGAAGGGAAUCAAGCCGUUUGCUGCGAAGUCGGGUCGCUGAGGCAAUCAGAAAGUUGAGAGGAAAAGAUGGCCAGCGGGCUGCGAGAGCGGACCCUGAAGCCAUGAUGCUCAUCAAUUCAUACAAAACGAGCAAUAUUGAAACUGUUGGCUGGAAAGCUCUUUCUGGUAUUGAUCGUGGACGCUUCCGGUUGCUACGAGAUGCCAACAACAUGCUUCCUGAAGGAGACCAACUGAGAUUUUACAUUGCUUGUCUCCGUUUUGCGGUUGUUGCCUGGCCUGUUAGUGCUGACGCGAAGAACUCGCUCACGUUGAUAAGUAGCGAUAUCACUACUGGAGCUGGAGCUGAGGAAAACAAUAAUUCUACUGAGCCACCCGACGCAGCAGAAACAACGACGCAUUCCCCAGGCCAGCUUUCAGAGAAGUUAAACAAGUCGUCUGCGCUUUUGUUGCUCUGUCGGCAACUUGCGAAGACCGUAGCCGAGUCGGGCGACCUAUACCUUGUUGAUAAGUUUUUCAGCAAGUACUUUGUUCGACUUCAAGAAAAAGAUGAACUACUCCCGUUGCUGGCCGAAAUCGUGCGGAGAUUUGGCUGGGAUGAUGUCAGUGCAUCGUUCCUUAGCUCCAUCAAUGAUCUGCCGUCGGAGAGUCGGAUGGGGCUCGCUUUACAGUUGGCCGAUAUGCUCGUGGAUAAACCAGCAGCUCACACGAGGCUCACGAUGUUUGCGGUAGAAAGAGCCCGAACAUUGUGUAGCUCACUGCCGGAAACCCUUGCGUAUUCGUGUCAUCGUGACUUACUGUGGAAGCACGCUAUGGUCUGUGAAAACCCACAGGCGCUCAUUGACGUAGCGAGUCUCUUCAAAAUCAUGGAUGGAAAUCUGCUUGGCCCAGUGGUGGAUUAUUUGAUGAAGACGUCGUUGCCGAAGCACCACGCCACGGGUCUUCUACCUGUUGCUUCGAAACGCCGUCGGUGGUUGCUUGAUCAGGUUAACGAUAUCAUGACACCAUUUACAUGGGAGAUCCCCGAUAUCAACUUUCCGGAUGCCACUGCAGUUGCGAAAUACCUGCAAGGACCCAGCACUGCUCUGGUUAUCCGCGGAUUCAGAAGUCUGGUAGAUGCACAAGCUCGGGCUUCGCUUCUGCGCCAAAAAAUCAAGGCUCCGGUGGAAAUUGCAGCUGAGGGCAACGGGCAAAAUGCAAGCGUACGAAUUUCCAAGACAGGUGGGGCGUACGAUCCUCGAGCGAAGGAGAUCCCAACACUGCUGGCGCAGCUUGAGAUAAUCGGGGUUUUGGUCUCAUCGAUCGCAGCAAUGGACACCGCAUAUCACUCAAGCUAA